UCGAAAGGAACAGUAUUAAUGGCGUAUACAAUGGGAGAUGAAAAUUUCGGCUUCAGUUCAUUACUGACAAUUGAAGUAGACGGAAAUAGUUUCAAUUCUGCAUUUCACGUAUUGAAUGGUGUUGAACUUCUUUUGGAUUCUAUACCCGGUGAUUCAAACCCUGCAAAUUUACCUUAUGAAUUACAAGAUAUGCAGUUUUAUUCUCCACAAAUACUUCUCCUAUUAGUAUCACGUCGUUCAAAACAUUCGAAAUCUCAGUACCUUCGAUCAGCAAAGUCUAAUAGCAAAGUUGAUGAAUUAGACACAGAAGUUGCUAUAUCACGUAAAACAGCCAGCGAUUUAAUGCAUAGUUGGCUUGUAAUGGUACCUAUUCGUGAUAUAUUGAAUACUACGGCGAUGAAUACUUCUAAUAAUAGAGGAGAAGAAGAAGUUCCAAGACAGACGGAUACAGUAGCUUCGAUCGUGAAUGAAUCGAUUCAAACUAAUUUACCAAAAAGGAAUAUCUCGGAGUUUAUUACACGAACAAAUGUCGAGGCGCUACCAUGGCAUGCUAUAAAAUUAACAACUAAUGGUGAUCGUUCAAUUAUUUUUGUUCUAUUUGAAAACUAUUCAACUUGUCGUGUUUAUCUCAUGGAACGACCAGAAUCAGAUGAAACUAUGACCGUUGACUAUCCUGCCGGUGAUGAGAAUCCUACAAAUCCUGUGGGUGAGGACAAUACUGGCACUACUAUCACUACUACUGCUGGUGGUGGCGGUGGUCCUUCUAUUCCCGCUGAUGAUGUUGAUGUAGCGAUAUUGUUUAUCACUGAAAAGAAAGAAGCUUCUCGAAGUUUUACAAUAUUCAACACAAUUGUUUCAUCUAUCCAACAUACAACCUGUAAAGAAGUCAGUUCAGAGAAAAAUGAUGACAAGACGGCGGCAUCAAAGACAUCGUCAUCACCAACAUCAUCACCAUCAACAUCACCGGAUUAUGAAUUCUCAUUUCAAUCACGUGCUAAAAGUCUUCAUUCAAAUUUACAAGCUCUAUCGGAAUAUUUAAAACGAAUUCAUCAGUUAACAUCUGUGUACUGUCCUAUUGAUUCAAUUGAAAGAUUUAAUUCCUAUUGUCAUCAUCAUCAUCAUCAUAACAGUAAUGAUGAUAAUCGAAGUAAAACAAUUAAAGAGGUGAAUAAUAAAAGUCAACUUAUAUCACAUCGAUUAACUGUGCAUAAAUUGCUGAGCGAAGAGUUAGAUCACUUGAAGAAAAUAAGAACUGAUGAAUUGAAUCGUCAAAAACGUCUUGUAGAAUUCUCUGGAAAUCUCGCCACAGGUGUAAGAUCAGUUACUGCUGCUGCUCGUGGUGGUUCGACUGGUACAAACAUUUCUGCCUACUUAAAACCUACCAGUGAUCUUGAUGAUACAACAGUCGUUAGAAGACGUGGUCAUCAACAAAAAAGUGUUGAGAUUUCACAACAACAAGAACACCAUCAGCAACAAGAACAAAAAGAAUCUCAACAACAACAUCGACAUGAUCAUGAUCAUGAUGAUGAUGAUGGGGAUACAAGUUUAACUGAUACUGAAUUACACACACUUAAAAUAGAAAAUGAUGAAUUAUUUGAACAAUUAACCCGAGAAAAAGAUGAAAUACAUCAAGUGGCUAAGAAAAUCUCUGAAAUUGGUUAUUUAAAUCAAACCUUGACAGAACAUUUAUCAGAACAAUUAGAGAAAAUUGAGCAAAUUGGCAGUUCAUCUGUCACUGCUACAGAGUAUAUUCGUCAAGGGAAUGAACUUCUUUUAGAAGCAAUUAAUACUAAAGCAACUGUACAAUUCUGGAUGUUAUUCAUACUUAUUGUAUUAACACUUUCAUUACAUUUUCUUGAUUGGUUCUAUCCAUAA